AUGCGACUCCAUUUCCUCUCUUUAGUUGCAAUGGCAACGGUCGUCAUUGGCCAUCCUAUCCAACAGCCCUUCAUGUCACCCGAACGCCAUGGCGAAAUUUGGUCUUUAUGCGAUGAUCCCAGCUCGCACCUAUUGAGGGCAUACGAAGACGGGGUCUAUAUUUCACCAGCUACACCUCAUGCAGGCCAAGAUAUCAACGUGCGGAUCAAUGGCAACCUUUUAUCCGAGGUUACAGGUGGCAAGGUGUCCAUUGACUUGAAUCUGUUGUCUAUGAUCAAAGUACAAAAAGACCUUGACCUUUGCAAUGUAUUGGAAUCCGAUAUUAUCAAAGGGGAUUUGAGCUGUCCUUUGCCUGCUGGCGACCUUGUGUUGGAAGCAUUAGCGUUUAUUCCCAAGGAAAUUCCCAGGUUGCCGUUGGAUGGCCGUAUCCGAAUCAGUGAUCAGUCCGACCAAACAGUAACAUGCAUUCACCUCAACUUCAACCUGCAGUAG